UCCAGAUUUUGAAUUGAUGAGAAGGGCUACUAGAUUUGGAUCUCAGCUUAAAGAGUUCAUUGAAUCCAAGGACAUGUUCAGGGUGUUGUAUCUGUCGAAGAAUCCGCAGAAUUCGCUUUUCGUGCUCGACUCAUCCUUCAAUCCACCACAUUAUGGACAUUUAGAAUUGAUCAAACGAGCUGCACCUCCUAAGUCUCACAUAAUCCUAUUAUUGUCAGUCAAUAACGCCGAUAAGAAGCCCAUUCCAGCUUCUUUCGACCAGAGACUUGAUAUGAUCUACAAAUUCGGUCAGAAUUUACUUACUCAUGACCUGUUGAACUAUACUAUCUGCGUUUCCAAGUCGCCCAAGUUUGUUGAGAAGUCCCUUGAAAUCAAUCAGAUAUUUGAAGGAACAAAGACAUACUUAUUGGGGUUCGAUACGCUUGUUCGCGUGUUUAAUCCCAAGUACUAUGUGCCUUUGACAAUUACGGAGGCACUUGAUGAGUUUGUAUUGUCCAAUAAUUUCUUCUGUUUAACUAGAGAAACAGAAGUAUACCAUCAGGUGGAGUAUUUGAAUGCUUUAAAGCUGGGAAAGACCGACUUGCCGUCAUCCUGGGGAGACCGAAUAGAACUUGCUGUAAAUAAGGAAAACAACUCUGUCAUCAGUUCUUCCGAUAUACGGUCCAGGUUCAACUCGAACUCAUCGGUAGAUAAUUUGACUACAAGUGACAUUAUUGAGUACGUACAGGAGAACCAAAUCUACACAUGAAGGUAUUAGUUGCUAUUGAGUUACAUACAACAAAACGCUACAAAAACCAAAGGAAAGUAAGGAGGUGGACCCAUCCUUUGGCAAGUACUUUCACAGCAUUCGAUGUUUUCUGUUUGAGAGAGUACUCCUGGUCGUCUAAAGAGUUGUGUCGCUCGGCACCAUUGACGAUAGAACAAUCGAUCUUGCCUCCUCUGAAUGCCAAACUCAACUGAUCUCUGAUGACUUUGUUACAGUCGAAUUUGGAGUUCGAAGACUU